AAAUUUGUUUGAUAAUUUAAGCCACCUCUUAUUUCAACGUUGUCAGCGUUGUCCAAAACGUUGUCGUGACCGCUACCCGCUUGGAGGCGAGGUACGUCUGCUUUUGAGGCAAGAUUGGGAGCCUGCGCAUGCGCCAGUCGUCUGCACGCGCGCGUAGUUUCAAAACAUCAGAGCGGGAUCUGAAAUCGCACGGCAAACUUGCAUCGCAAAAUUGUGGCGUAAUUUCAUUUCAGUAUCAGUAAUGCGGAUACUUUUAACGAUUUUGAACAGAGAAAGCACAUCUUGGCUGAAGUUUGAUCGCUUAAAUAGUCCUUCAUACUGAGAAUAUAAUUGUAAUAUUGAUUUGGAAUGAAUUCAGAAGACAGAAUCUCCGACGGUGAUUUACACAUCGUGCCGAGUUUAGGGAGUGUUCUACAGCAUUCUGGCAACAGCAUAGGCCUUGGCAACAAAAACAACACAUCUCUGUAUGGAAUGAAUUCGUGGCCUUCACCAGUUACGGACGGUUGUUUGUUGACAAACAGCCAUGAUCGUUCGACACAUUCAGAUUUAAAUAACUCAAAUGAAGCAGACAUUGACGAACUCGACGAUAUGCUCUGCCGUUUUGAUACAUUCUUCCGCGAGAAACUCAACACAGAGCUGCAAUCCCAUCAGGAAUUUAUGCAUGGGUUGUUGUCAGAGCAACAGAUUCACCUUCGGCAGAUUUUACGUUUUAAUUUAAACGUUUUGCCAUCAUAUGAGACAGGCCAACAGGUGAAUAACAGAAAUCAAGAAGUUUCAGAUAUGACAAAAAAUUAUGUGGACCUUGAAGAAGCAGAAAUGCCUUAUUCAUAUGACCCUGGGGCCACAUCUUCAGAUAUACAUGUACACAGAAAGCAAGGACUACUCACAGAACUUCUUUCCUUGUCCUGUCAGGUAUCAGCACUUCUGAGUGAAGUGAGAUUUUCUUAAUU